AUGGAGACGGUGUGGAGAAGAGGAGGCGCGCUGGUGGGAUGUCGCCUCUGGAAGACGGUGCUUCUUCUUUUCCUGUGGAAAGUGUGUGACAGCCAUGCAGGAGCAGCAGGAGUCGGACCAGGAGGAGGCCUGGACUCCUCCCAGCCCCGUUUCUCCUCCUCCCUACCCACCUACCUCCCCGCCCAGUGCCAACUAAGUGGUGCUGACUCCGCCUUCUUUCUACGAGAAGCCAAUCAGGAGGUUAUGCGAAAUGGCAGCCUGUCAUCACGGACUGAGCCCUUCUUCCUCCACCAGCUGGAACCAGCUAUCGGCGUCCCGCAAUCCCUGCCCAGCGUCAACUGCAGCUACGGAAACCUUAGCAUUGAGCAGCCAAUCCCAGUGGAGCUGCUUCAGGGUCCGCCACCGCAUCUGCUACUGACGACCAACCAGGUGACUCUGAAUUGGAAGGUCAAAGGUCAAGUGGUGGUGCCCAAAGUGGGGUCAACACGACCCUGGAUACAGGUGCUGUUUUAUCUGGUGGGGAGGCGCUGGGAUGAGCCCGACCCGCCUCCUACAGCCCUCCUCCCAUGUGUCAGAGCUGUGGCCAUCCGUGACACCAGUGAAGCAGCACCCUCGGCGGGCUGCCGACUCGUGGGACCAUCUGGCAUCUGUGUUGUCCGUCUGGAGAUUCCCCCAGCUUGGUUUACACCGCCACAAGUGAGAAAAAGACCUCCCGAAGUGACUCUACCAUCAGUGGAUGUGUAUUACUCGAUUAUACCAGUGGAAGGAGCUGAUCAGGAGUGUCCCUCUACUGUUAAUGAGCCAUGGAGGGGUCAGAGUGCAAAUGUCGGGCCUCUUGGAGGCCUGGGCUUGGGUCUCGGGGGACAGUGGAGCCCCCUGGUGGAUGGGGGUCUUCAGGACAUGCUCAAAGCUGGCUCGGUGGUAAUGACAAUGGGCCCGGUUUCUGCCAAAGGAGAAAAAUUGAGACUGGAUGAAAAUGUGGAGGUUCUGGUGCCACCCAGCCCAGUUCGACUUGGCAAGACGGUGGCGUUUGGCAUCUACAUGAAGACUGGUUCAAACACAGAGCAGUUUAUACUGAGGGUGUGGUUCCAGUCAGGCAUUAACUUCCUGGCUGUGAAACCCAGCAACCUCGUCGCGUGGGAGAUCAAACAGGAAAUGGCGCCGGGAAGCAGUUCGUUGGCGGUGAUGUGUCAGAGACGGGCCUCCUCCACAGCAGAGAGAUUGGAGAAUCCAAAAACAGAGAAAAUUCUUGAUGAAUUGAAAAUUAAUUCUAUUGUUUCACUGGUUACUCAUACUCUUCAUGUUGUCUGGCCAGUCGAAUGUAGAGUCUCAGUUGGCAUGCAGACAACUUCCAGGCAAACAGAGAAAGUUUCGCACCUCUACAUCAGCAACGCAGACAUACAAGGAAUCGUCCCACUGGCUGAGGACACAGAGGUGGUGAACACAGCCAUCCUCACAGGUCGGCGUGUUGCGGUGCCCAUCAAACUGGUUACCGUGGAAACCGAUGGACAGGUGAGGGAGGUGGAUGACUCAGUCACCUGCAGCUCAACAGAUGUGGACGUGGUCAAGGUUUCCCCAAACUGUGACCAGGUUUUGGUGAACGGUAAAGAAAUGCGCGGUCGGCAGUCACUGGCGGUAAACUUCACCUACCUGCACCUUUCUGCUCAGCUGCAGCUCACCGUCUGGGUGCCCAAGCUGCCACUGCAGAUAGACGUGUCCGAUACUGAGCUGAGCCAGGUUAAAGGCUGGAGGGUACCGAUCAUCACUAACAAGAGACCUACCAGAGACAGUGAAGAUGAUGAGGAUGAUGAGAGGAAGGGCAAAGGCUGCACCCUCCAGUACCAGUACGCCUUGGUGCGGGUCCUCACCCAUUUCGUCGCAGAGCCCUCUGACCCAGGAGGAGAGAUGGUCCACAUGUUGGGUGCAGACUGGCAAGCUGAUAUCACUCAUUUGGUCUUGGACCAACUAAAGGUGGAAGAUCCUCGCAUUGCCAGACUGAUAGAUGGGCGAAUUUUGAUCGGGCGGGACCUGGGGAUCACCACAAUACAGGUUCUGUCCCCGCUGUCAGACUCUAUCCUUGCAGAGAAGACUGUGACUGUGUUGGAUGACAAGGUCACCAUCACUGACCUUGGAGUCCAGCUGGUUGCAUCUCUGACUCUUAGUAUGACAGCAAGUCCUGCAAAUAACCAGGCUAUACAGCUAACGACCACAGCUACAGACCUGCUGCACACACCUAAACAGGAAGCGGCGAUCAGUGCCUGGAUCCAGUACAGUGACGGUUCAGUGACACCGCUUGAUGUCUAUGAUCCCAAGGACUUCCUCCUCUCAGCUGUGUCACUGGAUGAGAGUGUUAUCUCCAUAACCAAUCAGGAGCAACACUGGCCUAUCGUAGUGGCAGAGGGAGACGGACAGGGAGCGCUGGUUCGUGUAGAGAUGGUCAUCUCUGAGACCUGCCAGAAAUCCAAAAGAAAGAGUGUGCUGGCGUCAGGAAUUGGCAACGUGAUAGUGAAGUUUGGAGCAAAGAGUGAUGAACGAGGUGUGUUGGGAAGAGGUGGACAGGAGGAUGGAGGAGGGAUAGACAACAGCACCAGUGAGCACCAAACAAAGGACGGAGGAGACUGGAAGUCCAACAGUGCGUCAGUGGAUCGAGAGGAAGGAGCCAUGAGGAAGGUCAGCACAACAACCAAGAGCACAGUAACCCAUCGUGCUUCAGGGGGUAAAGCUGCCAGUGGAGGCAGCAGCAGCAGCCGUGGCGGAGGCCCCAGCCAAGCAGGGGACUACAGUAGCUACCCAGCACAAGUGGAGGUACCAGGCACCGGGGAUAGUGAGCUGACUCAGACCACCAGAGGACUGUCGGACCUGGAGAUUGGAAUGUAUGCCUUGUUGGGUGUAUUCUGUCUGGCAAUACUGGUCUUUCUUAUCAACUGUGUCAGCUUUGCUUUCAGGUACCGUCACAAGCAGGUCCCUGUGCUGGAAGCAGGAGGCAACAUGAACCAUGCUCAUGACUGGGUGUGGCUUGGAAACGAAGCUGACCUUUUAGCUGACCACUCUGACCAGUGCCAGGGUGGGCUGCCUGACGAGUGCACCACCAUCAUUGACCGAAAUGAGGGAGGAUAUGAGGAGAACAAGUACCUGCUAAACGGGGCUGGUAACACCUUGGUGAUGGGCGUGGGCACAGGCAUGGGCACCAUUAGUGGGAGUGGUAGCACGGGUGGACACCGGGGCAUCGCCCACGGACAAACCUUACCCAGAUCCGUUCAAGAACCGCAUCAGUGCCUUUCAGCAAUCACUACUGGUGGCAAAAACGCCACCGGCCAAGCGGAGCACCUGAAUAAUUCCCCCCGAGCUACGGCCGCAGCUGCAGUUGCGGCCGCCAAACGCAAACGCGUCCAGUUCACGUCUUUCGCCACCGUCCUGCCCAAUGAUAAUUCGGGCGGAGGUGGCCCAUACACCAACUCUUCAGUCGUGGUGACCAAUGGGAGCGAGGAUGACAUCAAGUGGGUGUGCCAGGAUAUGGACCUGGGUCAGUCUGAAAUCAGAACCUACAUGGAGAGGCUACAAGACAAUCUGUGACUGAUGGGAAAGAGACUGAGAAAUGGAGGGGCAGAGGAAGAGUGCAGGAGGGGGAGGACGGACAAUGAGUACAAUUCACCUGUAAUGCCUUUGCAAUGGAUGAAGGGAGGGAGAACGGGAGCAAUAUGACAACAGUGUAGGAAACACAAAGUGUUGCCAAGAGUUGAGAGGAUUAUUGAACAGACAGUGUCGGGGAUGCUGAUUUAGCUCCCCUGAGGCUACGGAAAGCGUACGGUCACCACUAGCUCACACUGAAAUCAACGGUAGCAAACAAUUAAUAACAUUAUGAAUUUGUUUUAUAUUAUUUAUUGUAAAAAUAUUAGUGUACAAAUGAAUAAUAAGGUCACGUUUGGUCAUGAAUGUUUAUUUUCAGAAUUCCAGUAAACCAUUGUGCUAUACAGUAAAUUCAGGGUACGUUAUUGGACAAACAUUAUCAGCCACUAUACAUUUAAACGAGGAUGGCAGAAACAUCAUUAAUGAGAUACUUUUUACUCACAUGGUGUUUUGCCAGCAUUGGCUGUAGCUGUUGAUUGAUUAUUGAUAGAUCUAGUUUGAAUAUUUACCUGCCAAGUCUGCUGAAUGGCUAGAUAAUGAUUACUGAAGAAAG